CGUCCAAGUCAACGUCCAACGCACGUCUGCAGCAGGCCAGCAAAGGCUUUGUUUAAUUGGGAAGGAAGUGCACGGGGCCGACUUUUAUCGCUCCAUCGCGGCGUGCUGACGUGGGGAACAAACGCACGUCGAGGGCUCCAGAAAAGCUCGCCCACCGGCUGCUCUAUGCAGGUGCUGUGGACGAGAUGUGAGAGAAGGUCAUGCCUUUGCUCAAGAGAAACAUUCAGCCGCGGCACCUGUGCCAAGGUGCAGUGCCUGAUGGGAUCGGCAACGAGCUGGAAUGUGUGACCAACAACACGCUGUCCGCCAUCAUUCGCCAGCUCAGUAGUCUGAGUAACCAUGCGGAAAAUGUUUUCGGGGAGCUUUUUAACGAGGCCAACACCUUUUACGUGCGCGCCAACUCGCUCCAGGACCGCAUCGACCGCUUGGCGGUCAAGGUCACCCAGCUCGACUCCAGCGUGGAGGAGGUGUCUCUCCAGGAGAUUAACCUGAGGAAGGCCUUCAGAAGCUCGCCCGUCCAGGACCAGCAGGUGCUGUCCAAGGGCAGCACUCCGACCUCAGUGGCUCAGAUGCACGACAGCAGCGAUCGGCCUCCUCCCCUCGGCGACCUCACCGCCUUCAGAGAGGAUUCCACUGACGCCAUGAAGUUCUAUUCAGACCCGUCAUACUUUUUUGACCUGUGGAAGGAGAAGAUGCUUCAGGACACGGAGGACAAGAGGAGAGAAAGGAGGAGGCAAAGGGAACAAAAAAGAUGCGUGGAAAGCAGCACCCUUCAGCGCGAAGUGAAGAAGGUGAGAAAGGCCCGAAACCGCAGGCAAGAGUGGAACAUGAUGGCGUUCGACAAAGAGCUUCGUCCGGACCGCCGCCAUCCGCAGAGCCUCCGCGGAGGAGCAUCAUCUGAGGGCUCGCUCUCACCGGACGGCAGGCCUGACCUCCUGGGAUACCCCGUCCCCCCAGUGCCUGCCCAGGCUGCUUGGAAUCAUGCCCGUGGUUACGUGCCCAGGAGCACACAUCCCUCCCCACCAGUGGAGCAUGAAUACCACAGCAUUGAUGUCGACUACAGGAGAGUCACCUGUGCCACAGCAGCAGAGCCCCCGCCCGCAGGCCGAGUGAACGGUCCGGCGCGCCCACCUGCAGAUUACCACUCCCCCCCCCCGCCUUCCACCCCGGGCCCACCCAUCCCCUCAGCCCAGACGGCCUUUGGUUUCCCUGCGGGUGCGACGUCCCAUAAUGGAGUUUUGCACGUGGGCCCAGGCUGCCCGCUCCCACCUGUGCCACCGCCCGGGUCGCACAUGUUCCCCCCACCUCCGCCCCUCCCUCCGCCGCCCGCAUCCUCACACCCUGCAGGACACGGCAAAGGCCGCGCGGGCGAGGCUAAACCAGCGCCGGACGGGAGGAGUGACCUGCUGUACGCCAUCCGCAUGGGCAUCCAGCUGAAGAAGGUGCAGGAGCAGCAGGAGCAGCAGAACAAGCCGGUGGGGAACGACGUGGCCACCAUCCUGUCCCGGCGCAUCGCGGUGGAGUUCACCGACUCCGAUGAGGACUCGGAGCUGGAGGAAAACGAGUGGUCGGACUGAUGACCACUCCGAGCGCUGCUGGGUCUUCAGUGCACAUAAAAGAAAACCGUGAAUCCCUCUCUUGGGCUCCACCUAGUGGAAUCCUCAUACCAACCCACUGCUGUCAGUUCACCGUUACUUUAUCCUGCAUUGUAAGUGUUUAAUUCACAUAUAGAAGAUGUGAGUUGUGUGAUCACUUAACGUCUAGUUAUCUGUAGCUGAUGAAGUGUGUCACAUGUUGUGUUUUUCUCAUAUGGCCAAUCUGAGCCGUGCGCUCUAGUAAAACAUCCUUACCUAGUAACCUGACACCUUGAACACAGUGAUGAAAUAUGCAGUAGACCCAAAACCAGUUCUGGGCCUUUUUACUUCAAAAUUCUGACGUUACAGUAGGUGAAGCACAGGUUUAAAUAAUGAAAUGAUUGGCUGAAAUUCCAUUAAGGUGCUUCGGUGUCAAGAUCCUGGUAUCAUGUCAUGGCUUGCUUUAACAUAAACAGAGCCAUCAAUUAAGUUAUAAGUAGCACCUGUACUUUUAUAUAUGACAAUUCAAAAGGUCUAUUAUGGAAAAUAACUAUUAUUUAUAAAUGAGUGCAGCAUUAUAUGAAAUACAACUUUAAGUAUGUAGUUUAAUCACUUCAUGAAAUUACACAUCUGUGAUCAUAUUUGGGACCAAAUGUACCCUUCCCAAUACUAUGUGAAUGUUCGAUGGGUAAUUCCACACAACACUUUUUAAAUUGCUACCUCAAUCAGUGACCAUCCCACUACCCAAUUUAUGUGUAGUAGGGUCUCAUGACCGGUCUGAAUACAGUUUUGUUCCGCCAUUAAAUUAUUAUUUAUUGUGAUGUUUCUUUGGAGAUGUUGAACUAUCAUUAAAAAGCUUCACUAUUA